CUCUGACCCGCCGCCCACAGGCUGUGUCCUGGGGCAGUUGUCUCCCGCCCGGGUGCGGCUGGUGGGGCCGGGCCGGGCCGCAGGGGCCGAGGGAGGCUCGGUUCAAACAGCAUGCCUGGGUCUCUUCCUGUAAAUGCUGAAGCCUGUUGGCCAAAAGAUGUUGGAAUUGUUGCCCUGGAGAUCUAUUUCCCUUCUCAGUAUGUUGACCAGGCAGAAUUGGAAAAAUUUGAUGGUGUGGAUGGUGGGAAAUACACCAUCGGCUUGGGCCAGUCGAAGAUGGGUUUCUGCUCUGAUAGAGAGGAUAUCAAUUCUCUCUGCUUGACUGUGGUGCAGAAGCUCAUGGAGAGGAAUAGUCUCUCCUAUGACUGCAUUGGGCGAUUGGAAGUUGGAACAGAGACAAUCAUUGACAAAUCAAAAUCUGUAAAGACUGUUCUGAUGCAACUCUUUGAAGAAUCUGGUAAUACAGAUGUAGAAGGGAUCGACACAACGAAUGCAUGCUAUGGAGGCACUGCUGCUGUCUUUAAUGCUGUUAACUGGAUUGAGUCCAGUUCUUGGGAUGGGCGCUAUGCACUUGUUGUUGCUGGAGACAUAGCUGUAUAUGCCACUGGAAAUGCUAGACCAACAGGUGGAGCUGGUGCUGUUGCCAUGCUAGUUGGUCCAAAUGCUCCUUUAAUAUUUGAGAGAGGAUUGCGUGGGACCCAUAUGCAGCAUGCCUAUGACUUUUACAAACCGGAUAUGGUGUCUGAAUACCCUGUAGUUGAUGGGAAACUGUCUAUACAAUGCUACCUCAGUGCAUUGGAUCGCUGCUAUUCUGUUUACCGCAACAAGAUCCGAGCUAAGUGGCAAAAGGAAGGAACUGACAGAGGCUUUACCUUGAAUGACUUUGGAUUCAUGAUCUUCCAUUCGCCAUACUGUAAACUUGUACAGAAAUCUGUGGCCCGGCUGCUGUUGAAUGACUUUCUUAGUGACCAGAAUCCACAGACGACAAAUAGUAUCUAUAAUGGGCUGGAAGCUUUCAGGGAUGUAAAACUGGAAGAUACAUACUUUGACAGAGAUGUAGAGAGAGCCUUUAUGAAAGCUAGUUCUGAGAUCUUUAAUCAGAAAACUAAAGCUUCUCUGCUUGUGUCUAAUCAGAAUGGAAAUAUGUACACCCCCUCAGUCUAUGGUUGCCUCACUUCUCUUCUAGCUCAGUUCUCCCCACAGCAGUUAGCUGGACAGAGGAUUGGUGUGUUCUCCUAUGGUUCUGGAUUUGCUGCCACCUUGUACUCUAUUAGAAUUACACAGGAUGCCACACCUGGUUCUUCUCUGGAUAAAAUAACUGCCAGCCUUUCUGAUCUGCAAACAAGACUUGACUCACGAAAAUGUAUUGCACCAGAUGUCUUUGCUGAAAACAUGAAGAUUAGGCAGGAAACUCAUCACUUGGCCAACUAUAUUCCACAGUGUUCAGUAGAUGAUCUCUUUGAGGGGACAUGGUACCUAGUGCGAGUGGAUGAAAAACACCGAAGAACUUAUGCACGGCGCCCAUUGCUUGGUGAUGGCCCUUUGGAAGCAGGAAUUGAUGUUGUCCAUUCAGGAAUUGUUCAUGAACAUAUCCCAAGCCCUGCUAAGAAAGUGCCAAGAAUCCCUGCAGCAACAGAACCUGAAGGUGUUACUGUUGCCAUUUCCAAUGGAGAACAUUAAGAUACCUCUAUGAGGUGGGGAAUUAAUAAAAAUGAGGGUGGGGUGGGAAAGGAAAAGGGAUUAAAUAUUAGUUAAUUUUCACUGUACAGUAAUCCUUAAUUACUGGAGCAUGGAAAACUGCUUUAAACUCCUUGAAAGGCUUUGUUUUAAUGUGGUUUGCUGACACCUUCAUGCAAUGGUUUCAUAACACUGAAGCAUGAAUGUAUUGUGGAGUGGGGCAUGCCAAGGGCUCUGAACUUGCUUGGUCUCUAAGAAAAAUGGUUCUGAAAUGGGUGAGAGUCUUGUACUUGUACCAAGGAAAUGGGAAUUCUGCCUUCAAAGCAGUUUGAGACUUUGAAGCAAAACUAAGGCCCCCUCCAAAGUCUGACCAAAAAUAAUUUUGGCCUGUAAGCUGCACUGUUUUAAUGUUAGGGUGCUUGUGUUGCCUUGUCUGAAUAUUACACAUUUUUAGCACCCAAAAAGGAUAAGGGCUGCAGAGUCCUUGUUCAAGGUGCUGUUAAUGGACUAGAGUUGCUUUCCAGUUAGUUCCGUCAGACGGAUUCAGUUGUGAUAUUUUAAAAAUCCAUUAUCAUCCACAUCCUGAUAUCCGUAUUCCAUCAUUCUAAUCGCACUAUAGACCCUAGUACCACACACAACUUUACAUAGCAGGUUUUGGCAGAACAGGGAGAAAAGGGCAUCUGUUCAAAAUAAAGGGUUUAAUUUCCCAUGUUAUCUAACCAAGCUGGCACUUUUCUCAGGCAUGUUGAAUGCACUCUUCUAAAAGACUUAAGCAUUUGAAACAACAUAAUUCUAGCAUCCAAUUCAUAAAUACUGUCAGAACCUAUCUUAACUGGCAGACCAAGAAAGGAAAAAAAAAUGACAAUUUUUCCUUAACUUUGGUCUCUUGCUUUUCUUUGUGCGUGUAUGAAUUUUCUUACUGAAUUGUGAUUGGCUUCCUAUUUCAAGCUCUUUAUUUGUUAUACAGCUAUAAACUAUUGCAGGAAUACCAUGAUUUUCUUCAACUUGCAAGCUAAGACUUGUUUGGUAUGCAAGGAGGAAACCUAAAAAGCUAAUGAGGAGUCCAUUUGGAGACUUUUGCAGGCCCAGACUGGAGGAGAACUCUGAGGCGAGCUUUGCUAGCUUGUAAAAUAUAUUUAAACUGAGCUAAUGGGUAGAACUAAGUCUUGUUAACUUUUAUUUCACUGUCCAAUUCUACCAAGGUUCAUUGUCUAACACAACUUUGCAGAAAUGAUAAAAUGUGUAUCAAGAUACAAAAUGCAGACUUCUGGUGUAAUGUAGUGUUUGUAUAAUCUAUUGUAUGUCUGUCACUUGUUCGGCUUUGAUAACAUUUUGGAUUUGUACAGUUAAGAGUUGCUAAAAUAGUAUUGUUUUACUAUGAACUCAUGGAGGUCAGCGGCCUAAGAUCUUCCACCAAAAGUGAUGGAAGAAUAAUGCAUGGAGAUUUUAUUGUGCAAGUGUUUGGGCUUUAAGUUUCAUGAAAGCAAGUUAAUGUGGUACAAGAAAAUAAGUCUGUUCCAGAAUAAAGUCCAUUGCUGGCAAUGGACAGUCUAAGAAGUACUGGCACAAAAAUUAACCUCAUAAACCUUGCUAACACUGAAGAUUCUUUGUAAAAUAAAGUUUUAGAGAUAUGG